AUGAUGGAAGACUUCAACAGCGAGACCGAUAGCGACUACACCAGCUACUGGAGGGAUUGGUUCAUCUCCUCCCGCGGCAACGAGUACUUUUGCGAAAUCGACGAAGAAUACCUGACCGAUCGCUUCAACCUUACCGGCCUGAACACCGAGGUUCCCUACUACCAGUAUGCGCUGGACCUGGUGACUGAUGUUUUCGACCUCGACGCCGACGAUGACCUCCGCGAGCAGAUUGAGAAAUCGGCACGCCACUUGUAUGGCUUAGUCCAUGCUCGCUACAUUUUGACUACUCGUGGUCUCACCAAGAUGGCCGAAAAGUACAAGAAAGGCGAUUUCGGAAAAUGCCCCCGUGUAAUGUGCGAGGGCCAUCCUCUUCUCCCCACCGGCCAGCACGAUAUCGCAAACAUGAGCACCGUCCGCCUCUUCUGCUCCAAGUGCGAAGACAUUUACAACCCCAAGUCGUCCAGACAUGCCUCCAUCGAUGGCGCGUACUUUGGUGCCUCUUUCACCAGCAUGCUCUUCCAGGUAUUCCCGCACCUCCUCCCCGAGAAGAGCACCCGUCGCUAUGAACCGCGCAUCUAUGGCUUCCGUGUCCACUCUAGUGCUGCUCUUGCGCGCUGGCAAGACCGUUUCCGCGAAGAGACUAGGACUCGUCUUCAGGAUGCCGACGUUCAGGUGAAAUACAUUGAGGACGAUGAGGAGGAGGAGCAGGAAGAUGAGGAGGACGAGGCGCAAACCGUCGACUCCAGGGAGGCAGCUCGUGGUGAUGCCGCAUCGAUGGACCUUGGCCGCUGA